AUGACAACUGCUGCAAGACCAACUUUCGAUCCUGCCCGUGGAUAUGACAGCAAAGCCCCUUCUUUACAAUACAGCUCUCGGGACCUUGCUGCACACACGAAACUCAAAUACAGACAACCUGGACAACUUACACAGGAAGAAAUUGACAGUAUCGAUCUUAGGGAGGAGCUCUUGAAAGCCGAACAAGAGCACUUUGAAAAAAGACAAGGUGAUACAAAUGCUGUCGAUCAACAAGAGGAUCGACGUCGCUUACUGCUAGAAGCGUCAGCUCUAGACAAAGACGACAGCGAUGACGAUGACAGUGAAGAAGAAAGUGAAAGCGAGGAAGAGGAAGAAGAGGACGAUGAUACUGCUGCACUAAUAGCUGAGUUGGAAAAGAUUAAAAAGGAACGUGCUGAAGAAAAAGCUCGACAGGAAUUGGAAAAAUUAGAAGCAGAGGAACAACAAAAACAGGAAGCGGCGUUGACCGGAAAUCCGAUAUUGAAUAAGGACUUUAGUGUAAAGAGAAGAUGGGAUGACGAUGUGAUUUUUAAGAAUCAAGCCCGAGGUGUUGACGAUAAGCCCAAAAAGCGAUUUAUCAAUGACACUCUACGCAGCGAUUUUCACCGAAAAUUCAUGAACAAAUAUGUGAAAUGA